AGGAGUUUCUAAUUCACUUGCCGUGAAUGCUCUGUGGCACAUGUUGUGUCUGCAUCGGGGGGUUAAAGUGUCAUUCAAGAAGAACCCGGUGUUUUGAAGAGACCUGUGUUAACAGAGGCAAAACAGCAAGCGUGAGGGGAGGGGAAAGGAUAGCUGUAGCAGCAGAAUGUGGGUGUAUCUCUGAGCCAGGUGCCUGCAUUGUCUUUGGUGUGGUCUGGGUCACAAAAUGUGUCCUUGCAAAAGCCGUAGGGAUGCGAGCAGGAGCAGAGGUACCCCAGCGUCAGACAGGAUGGUCUCGGCGCAGCCAGCCCAUGGCUGCGACUUUAUAUCGACAAAGAGUUAUGAGCUGCAGAUGAUCCAGCAAAAGUGUAAGCUUGUGUACGCAGGGCAGUCUGAGUGUAUUUGGAGAGGAAAAUCUCCUCAUUUAGGGGAAAUCUGAUGUGUUAUUUCCUUGUGGCUGGACCCUGAUGUAAGUGGGACUGCAGAAAAGGGAAAAACUGACCUUUUAAUGUCUUGAUGUUGCAGCAGGUGACUGCCCGAUGGGUUCACUGCAGUGCCCUGCCACGCGUCGUAUCAAAACUCAACGGUCUCCUCGUGGGAGGCAACCAUGAAGGGAACGUUGCAUCUUACUCAGAGCAGAAUUUGGAAGCUGUUUUGUCAUUAUUGAUUGUGGCUUGGGGCUUCGACAGGUUCUGGCUGACAUGAAGGAAAGCUGUAAGGUGCUUAAAACAGAAAAGUACAGAACGAGAACACCCAAAUGCUGUGUUUGGGUUCCUAAAAUGGCCUGUCAGAAUCUGAUUUCAUCAUUCUGUGAAAAAUAUAAGCGUGUCAAGCAUCAAAUCUCAGUUAUGAUAUAUUGCUAGAAAUUUUCCAGGAGGAAGUGGCGCCUGGUGAGAUUACAAAUGCUAUGGUUUGGUGUUUUAGGGGUGGAAAAUGAGUUAAAGCUUCCAUCACACUGAUACAUGAAAGGUUUCUGUCACCAGCCUUCGUACAUCUGACUGUAUGCGGUUCUCUCUGCUUGUCAGGCAGUUCUAGCUGACUGCUAAUGAUAGUUUGUCUCUUGGAUUUGGCUGUGGCUUGGCGCUCACCGCUUGCUGCACAAGUUUCGCUGGUUUGCUUCAGAUCAGAUCUGUGAAUCCGUGCUGUCGCUUUGGGAAAGGAGGAAGGUCAGUGCCCCAUGAAGGUGAGUAAAGCUGAGGACUCUGUGUGUUUGUCCUGAAUGCAGUGUUGCUGCUGUGGGACAGGAAAGGGUAUUCAUUCCUCCUUGGCUCUGAUGGGGGACUGCUCCUAGCUCAUCCUGUUGCUGCGGGUAAGUAGUCUUUAAAGCUCAAGGAGUGAUGGAAGCGCGCGCAGCAGCAAACGAAAUUGUAUAAGAUGCAGAUCCUAGCGUCACUGCAGCGCUCCCUGGGCUCUGUGGGCUCAGUUCGGCUCUGUUGCGUGCGGUCUCUAGUUAUUUCCUUUUCUAUAAAGUCUUUCUCCCAUGUUUUCUCAUGGUGAGAGGCCUCCCAUCCCCAAGCAGAGAGCCGGUGCUAGCUAUGAGAUCUGGUUUGUGCAGCCUGGGUUAAUAAUGCAGCAGCGCAGGAUCCUGUCGCCACCUGUUUCCUUGCAAGGUGCCUGGGUGCAUUAAACUUCCCAGUGAAUUGUGUCCUCUACCAGCAGGAGACAAAAUGCCGGCUUCUAGAGGACAGUAAAAUCAUCUGAAACGCACACUAUCAUUUAUUGCUUGUCUUCAAUUAAACUGAUUACCAGACUUCUUUGUUGUUCGGAGCUCAGACCGUUUCGCAUGUUGCCAGCAUGUACUUUGGCAACUGCGGGCGAUGGGAUUUCCUGCAUUGUUUGAGUCUUUGCCAUUGACCUUUGUGGUCCUUGUUCUGGCACUGCCUCUGCUCUGGCAGGGGUGCAAAGGGCAUUAUUCAAACCCUGAAAGAAAAGAGAAAGAAUUGCUUUAAAGGCAUUGAGGGCUCUUUGUAAUUGGUGUCUCCUAGGGUCAUUGCUGCAAAAGAAGGGGAAUUGCUGGGGCUGUCAGGAUAAUUACCACUUUUUUUUAUUGUUCUCAUCCCGGUCUAGAUGACAGUGGUGUGAUUUAAAGUGAGUCAUAAAAAUACGCCUUCCAUACAGCAUUAAGAUGGUGGCCCUCAUGGACUGAGGCGGGGACAAGCCUGGUUUUGGUUCUUCUCGGCAAGUCUCGUAGGUGCUGGAAGUUCUCGGCUGUGCCCUGGGGGUUUCCUGGCUCUGCACUGGGGCUGUGGAGGGCUCUGUUGAGGAUGCUGGUGGGGUUGUACUGGAGCCCUGUCGCAGCCCGUGCUGUGGACACUGGUUACUGCAGCGUUCGAGAAGAUCCACCUCUCCCUGCGGCUGGAGACGGGCAUGCUGGAGACACACGAGCCUUGUCGCAAGGGAGGCUGUGUAAGCCAUUCCUGCUGCCGUCCCCUUUUGCUGCGGCGGCAGUUGCUCUGCUCCAGUGAACCAUUUACUCAGCCGGCGCCUGGAGCCUCGUACCUUCAACCUGCUGAAGGUCGGGUGCUCGGCUGGCUCCAGUAGCAGAGCAGUGCUCGGAUCGCCAGCGCGAUGGCCAGGUCGGGGGGGGGAAGGCUGAAUGCAUGGCUCUUCCUUGUCUUCCCCUUUCCAUCUGGAGCCUUUCUACCCUUGUCAGGUGCCUGUAGUUGGUCUGGAAACAGACCUCGUGAAGGUCUCAUGGAAACGGCCUCGUGGAGGUGUCUCUGGUGUUGCUGGUAGACUGAUGUGAAGGGCAAAUGAGGUCUUUUGCAGUUAGAUCUUUGGAAUAAGAUACAACUUCUACAUUAUUGAUUUAAUCACAUUUGCAUGGUAUUGUGCGGCUCGAAUUAAAUUGUCUGGAGCGAGAUCUUGUACUCGAUGUGCUGUUGUAGAGUAAAUGCCGGAGUGCUGGUGUUGGAGGGAGUCAGAGCUUCGUAACUCCAGCCUUAUAAGUCCAGCAGGCGCUGAAGUUAACUAGGGGGUUGACAGCAGCGUGCCUGGCUGUCCGGCUCGCCCCCUGCCUUGCUGUAGGUCUGUCCCCUCUGUGACUUGUACCCUGAAGAGAAGAAGCCUCCACAGCUCUUCCUGCGGUGGGACAGGGACAACCCAGGGAGGUGAGACCCCCAGUUGAGCCGCAGCUGCCUGAAGGAGCCUGGCCUCCCAAGGGUGACUCUCAUCUUGUGUUUCUGUGAACCUGUAAAUGAACUUGGGCGUGACACCGGAGACGUAACAAGCCCUGUUGUCGUUGGAGUUGAAAGCCCCAGCUUGCUGCGUUGUGUGCUGGUGCUGAGUUUAAGCUAUUUUCUGCUGGGGAAGUAAAUUGCUCCAGCGGACAAUCCAGGCACAUGACUGCCGGGGCACGGUCAUGGAAAAUUGGCUCGGUUGUCAUGUUUAUUUGCUCUGAUAUAACUUUUUAUGACACUGUCAUGCAGCUUUUUCCAAGGCUACUGGAAUGUGUUAUUCUUUAUUUCUUCCCUUCUGCUAUUUUUUUUAAGAAGCAUUAUCAGAGAAACUAUAUAUAACAUUAACUUUUUGUUGUGGUAAUGAGUUACAGGCUUCUGUAACCGACUAGGAUUUUUUCUUUUUUUCCCUUUUUACAACAAAUUAGCACAAACCCCCUCUGUUAUUGUAGCUGUAGCUCAAGAUUGUGAUUUAUAGCAGUUGUUAGCUCUUCUUCCAUUCUGCUGAAGUCGAAUUUGCCUGAUUUUAGUCUCAACUUGUGCUGUCUUUUUCCUCUGGGGAGGGGAGUAAUCACUCUCUUGCCUUCUGUAGGGCUGAGUUGCUAAACUUACCAGGUGGUUUCUCAUCUGAGAAGGUGUAGAAUAACUUUGGUUUGUUCCCGUACAGAAUAUGCUGGUGUUUGUUUCUCUGUCGCCCUCCUGGCUGAGCUCAAGUGCUCAUUACAGUAGGGAACAGCCUUAUGUUGGGAUAUAAAGGUCACGAGUGUUUCCUUUCACCUCUCCAGCCAGGAGUCAGACUGACAUACGCGAGAGGUGGCAAGAAGUCUUUGCAGCAAAAAAGAAGCUUUUGGCGUAUUUUUUUGCGAGGGAAACCUACAGCCCAGUCAGUCCAUUCAGUGUAGAUCCCAUAGCCGCCUUUAUCUGUGUCUAGCAGAGCUGAUUUCCUCCUCUGAAGAAGAAAUAGUGCUAUUCCUGCAUCCCAGGGUCUCUCCCCGGUGCUCCAUGUGGGAGACCUCCAGUACCAACGGCGCGUUGUAUCCAGCUGUGUGACAAUACACUGAUUUGCUCACCUGCCAUUAAACAUUUCCAGCCUGAAUAUCAGGUAGUAACAGAAUAUUUUGUCAUUUUUUUAUGUACUCCAAAAUCUAUUUUAACUGCUUUUUACAUUGUUGCAGGUGAAAGGGGAGAAGGGGGUCUGAAUACUGAUGAAUGAGCUGCAAUGGAUAACAAAGACUCGGAAGCUGAGAUCCACCCACUGAAGACUGAGGAUGUAAAAGCUCAAGAGAACCAUGAAAACUCUGUGGAGAGAAGAAUUGUCAGCAAGCAGUCGUCGCGACUGUCUCGGCUGUCCCGGUGGCGCACUGCCGCCUUCUUCAUCUCGUUAUUUCUGUGUCUGAUAAUUGUGUUUGCUUUCUCCUUUAUCAUUCCUUGCCCAGAGAGGCCAGUUUCAGAAAGAACGUGGUUCCGAAACUACGACAACGCAGUGGCCUUCCCGUUUCUCGCUAUUGAAGAUGUGAAUGAAGACAAAGUGCAAGAUGUCGUCUUUGCUUUCAAAGCUAGCAACGGCAGCGUCAGCUUCAACAGAUCCUGUUUGGAUGAAGGUCUGCCUUCUCCAUGUGCCUUCGUCGCUGCCGUGUCUGGCACGAACGGCAGAGCGCUCUGGGAGAGGCCUGCUGCUGAGGAGGUGGAGUGGAUGCAGUGUGGCAUCGAGCAGCUCGGCGGGGCUGAGGCCCCGGGUUGCCUGGUGGUGGGGAAGCCCGUGUCCCUUACGGCGGUUGAUCUGCGGACGGGGGAGGUUCGGUGGAGACAGUCCAGUGACUUUGGGGCUAAUUAUACUGUGCUGCCUCCCGUGUCAGUGAUUCCAGACCUGGAUAGUGACGGAGUUCAGGACCUGAUAAUCUUUAUUGCUACAGGAGAUAAGAUUAAGACCUUCAUCCAUUCAGGAAAAAAUGGCAAUCAGAUUGGCUCCACUGAAAGCCUGAGCGUGGAUGGGAAAGCUCGUUAUGUCAGGCUGAACCUGGACUCCUCCUCCUACUUCCUUUUCUAUACAGAAAACUCUCUCUACGCGUAUUCCCUGAAAGAUCUCUACAGUGCAGCAACUGGGAUGGAAAUUAAGCUUCCCAAACUUGAGCGAGAUCCUCAGUGGGAGAAGAACAUUGACCACCUUACGCACCGCUUAUCCCUUCUCAGCUCUGGAGACAUUCGUUACCUGGCAAAAAUUCCUGGGCAGUCACGGGAGAACAUCUUGGUUGUAAACUCAGAGAUGGCUACGCUGAUCAAUGCACAAAAUCUUCAGACUUUGUGGACCCUCAAUGUGUCCCGUGUUGUGAGUGAGCCGCUGCUUGGUUACUACAAACCUGAUGUUCUUGGCAUUGUCCUUGAGAGUGAAAUUGGACCCAACAGAAAGAAGGUUAUGAUCGUUGAGAGCGGGUCUGGAGCAGUCCAGUGGGACCUGAAGCUGAACUCACAAGCGGAGAGCCCUGGGCCAGCCACGCUUUCUACUGCUGAUCACCGCUCCGCCUUCCUCAUCUGGGGUGAAUACCAGGCGGCAGGAAACGAAACGAGAUCCAGAGCUCCUCUCCAGAAGCUGUAUCUUUUCCAUCCUUCCUACACUAACGUCCUGUUGGAGCUCCGCAAUAGCACAGACCAAAUAAUUGCAUUCAAUGCCGCACUGUUCGAGCGGAGCCGUCAUGCCUGCUACGUGCUGUUGAGGGGGCCUCAACCCAGCGAGGAGCCAGGGCCGGUGUCUCUGAUGAAGCGUAAGCUGAAGGAGGAUGUCUCUGAGGGCAGGGUGAUCUGGCUGAGCCAGGUGGCAGUGGACAGCGAGCAGUACGUGCGGGACCGCCUCUACAGGAUGCGAUUCCACAGCCGAGCGUGAGCUUGCCGAGGGAGGGGGAGAGGCUGCCCUGGCCCAGGCGUCUCCGAGCUGCCUCUCCUCCGCAGCCGUGCUCUUAGCAAACCCAGAUCACGAAUUCAAACGGGAAGCUGCCUUUCUCGAUCUGCAAACCAAAGCGUGGCUGGCGGGGAAGCCACCCCCAGUGUCUGGGGACGCCCAGGCUGUGGGGGCAGCUGCCGAUACGUCUGUCCUCAGAGCUGAUGGGACUUCAGUGCCUGACCACCACUGAAGUGGCGUCAGCUCGGGGAAGAGGGCUUUCCCCUCGAUCCUUCUGUGCCCGCAGAACUGCGCUGACUCAGCCCGUGUCUGGAGGAAAACACAUGCUUGCUGGGGACGCCGGGGUUGAUUAUUUCUUGGGUGCUUGCGUGAGAAGUGGAGCUUCGAUGUGUGGUGUUGGGUUUCCUUUCUGAGUCAGCUCUCCUGGCUGCGGGAGAGGUGCUUGGCUGCAAGUUGAUUUGCAAUCGCCCUCUCCUGGAUUUUGGGCCCCUGCUUGGGUAGUCGUGGGGUGUGUGUAGUGACAGACGCCAGCCAUGGCUGACGGUGUGGCUAGGUGUCACCCAGGCCAGCAAAGCGCAGGUUAAAGUGUCAUUCUACUUAGAAAAUGGCCUUUUCUCCCAAAACAGCUCCAUUUGCCCCCUCUCCUGUCACCUGUGUCUGUCUCCUCUGCUGCUUCCUUUCCAGCCAGGCUGCGCGGUGUUGGUGACACAGAAAGGGAGCUGGUCUCCCCCCUGGUUGAUGCAUCAACGUUCCUCCCUGUCCCCGAUCCGAUGAUAGGUGAUAGGGAAACCACACUAAGUCCAGGCUGGCUGGUCCCUGCCGGUACGGACACCACCUCUCCUACUGGUUUUGAGGUGCCAGGGGAUCUAGGACAUUUUUUCAGAGUAGAAUUGCACUUGAACCUUGUCUGGGAGCUGGGCUUGCUGCUUUGGGGAGCCCUGUGUGUGACUGGCAAUGCCAACUUUCCUGCAAAUACUCUUUUCAGCCUUGCAGCUGCUGAGGAGCCUUCUCCAAGCCCUGUCCCCUCUGCCAGGAGGUGGGCAGGCUGUAGGACAGGCACGAGCCGCUCAGGGUGACAAUAUGAGCUGUUUCUGCCGCACAGCUCUGGAGAGAGCUCUAGCCUCCCUCCCUGCCCUCGGAAUUGAUGCUGGGUGAGGAUCUUCGGGUGCUGUUCUCUCUCUCCAGCCUGGUAGCCCGAGGGAACGGGACAGGUUGCUGUGUGAAGAUGAUGUCUCCCCUGGAGACUUCUGUAGCAUGAUGUGUACGCCCCGUUCCUCGGUGGGCACCAGCACGGAGCAUAGAAACGAGGUGCAAAGCCUGGAAAACGAUUUAAAUUGGCUGCUCAGUCCGUCCUGAGAGCCACAGUGCCCACACCAGCCACACGGAAACGGGAGCCCUGUCCGGAUGCUGCUGGGUGUCCCUCUGACCGGUGAGAGGAAGGUGGACAAGAAAACACACGCCCUAAAAAUAACCUCUCUCCGGUUUUGCGGUGCCGGAGGGCAUUUGGCUAUUGCCUCCCUCCCUCGCUUAGUCUCAGAUCGGGGGUGUGUGUGUGUGUAGAAAUACUGUGGGAUGAGAAACUUUUGCCAGGUUGUGUAGGGUCGAGCAUCUUGUGGUGAGUGCUGAGCUUUAACCUGCUGCAGGGCAAAUCCUGGCUCCGGCAGCCGCUUUCACCCAGGCUCAUGGCGGGAGCUUCAGCUCUCCUGGUCUUGCAGAAAAAAUGAGCUGGAGCAUCACUCGUCUGCCUGGAUGCUGGCCCGGUAGUUGCCUAAAGGGUGCCCUGGCUCCCUCUGCCCCAUGACCUGUAGCUCGGGCGGUCAGGGGGGCUGUGUCAGAUGAGUGCUGCUGGUGGAGGCCAGUCCUGAGGUGUCCGGGCAGUGCAGGAAGCUGGGGAUGCUCCCGGGAGAGCACCCCACACCCUGCAAAGCACCCCGGACUCAAAAUGGUGGGUUUCCUCUUCUGUUCCUCUCUUUCCAGGCUGUUUUCUGAGUGAGUCUGGGGGUGCAGGGAGACUCUCCUCGCUUAAGUCACCGAUAAAAGACCUCGAGCCCGGCAGCCUUUGCCAGUGCCGCAGCACCGGGGUGGCAAGGGCUGGGGCAGAGCCGGCAGCGGGAGCCCCAGGCUCCCGUGCUCGUCCCGUCUGUGUGUUGGAUGCGGAUUGUAUCCCACUGAAAUUCCUUGGGCAGGGAGCAAGGUGCCCGGGCUGUAUUCUCACCGCCAUCACAGCAUCUCAGCUCUCACUCAGUCCCUACCCAGACCCGACCUUUCCCAUAGGCACACUGAAUGUUCCUCCAGGAGAGCUGGAUUUUCAGCUUUGACGGGGGCUUUUCUGGCUUUAAGUUGUCCAUUAACGUUUCCAGAUACUUUGGGAACGCAGAUUUCCCUCUGGCAGCUCAAUUAAAUGCAUCAGUGCCAAACCAGCACCUUCUUAACAAAACAAGUCCUUUUUCCCAGCUUAUUUCCCUGUGUAAUUGGUUUUUUGCAGUAUUUAAUGAAUGACUUUGUGCCUUGAUUCAAUAACUCAGAUGGGUGAUGAUGGCAUAUAUCACUGUGUUAUGUAUUAGUGUGUUUUUUAACACUAAGACUGUUUGGUUUGGUUCUUUAACUUAUUGCAAAUUGUGCCCUACAGGACUUGGUCUAACCGGAAUGGUUUCAAUAAAUCCUCUUUUGCAUUGUU